CUGGAUUCUUCUCAUUAGUCUGUCUGUCAAUCUUGUGAAAGUUUUCUCUACCUUGAUUAUUAUUUAACAUCACAUUUACUAUUUAUAACAUAACAUUUCUGUAAAAAAUAUUUUUUUAGACAGGUAAACAAAUGUAAGAUAUACUGUGCUAUAUGGCCAAAAGUAUGUGGACACUCGACCAUCACACCCAUGUGUGGGUCUUCCCCAAACUGUUGCCUCAAAGUUGGGUGCACACAAUUGUAUAAGGUGUUAUUGUAUGCUGUAGUAAUAUGAUUUCCCUUCACUGGAUCUACGAGGCCCAAACAUGUACCAGCAUGACUAUGCCCCUGUGCACAAAGUGAGGUCCAUGGAGGAAGACAUGGUUUGCCAAGGUUGGUGUAUAAGAAUUUGAGUGUCCUGCACAGAGCCCUGACCUCAACCCCACUGAACACCUUUGGGAUGAACUGGAACACCAACUGUGCCCCUGGCCUUCCUACCCAACAUCACUGCCUGACCUCGCUAAUGCUCUUGUCGCUGCAUGAGCAAAUUCCCACAGCCACACUCCAAAACCUAGUGGAAAGCUUUCCCAGAAGAGUGGAGGUUAAUAUAAUAUUAAAAGGAGGACUGCUUCUGGAAUGGGAUGUUCAACAAGGACAUAUGAGUGUGAUGGUCAGAUUCCUAGACAGAGCUCCCGAUGGAACAAUCUUCAUAGUGCUCUGUUUUGUCAUAAGGUCUGUAAAUGCACUGGGAUUUGCUGGUGCUGUAACAUCCUCUUUUGCUGUGUCAGCAAAAGUGUUUCCCGAAAGUAUAGCAACAAUUCUGGGCUUUAUUGAGAUUUUUACAGGACUGGGCCUCAUACUUGGACCACCUUUGGGUGGAUGGAUGUAUCAGGAAUUUGGAUAUGAAAUUCCAUUCAUUGCUUUGGGAAGUGUUCUGUUUUUGACCGUUCCCUUAACCAUGUGGAUUUUACCAAACUUUGAUGCGGUUGCCUCACAGGGCUCCUUCUUCAAGCUGUGCUCGCGAGUAAAGAUGAUGCUCAUUUGCUUUGUGGUGUUCACACUGAGCUCAGGAAUCGGUUUUUUGGACGCAACCUUAUCAAUAUUUGCCAUGGAAGCAUUUGGCCUGAGUGCUGAAUCUGUGGGGCUACUCAUGGUUGCAGUGUCAUUACCCUACGGUGCUGCGUCCCCCAUCCUCGGGAUACUGAGUGAUAAGUAUCCAUUUAUCAGAAGGUGGAUGAUGGCAAUAGGAGGAAUAGCAACAGCAGUUGGAUUUUAUUUACUUGGCCCUGUUCCUGUCUUUCAUAUUGAGAGUGAGCUUUGGCUUACUGUUGUCAUGCUGGUGGUCAUCGGGUUUUCUCUAUGUAUGACCUGCAUUCCCACCUUCACUGAGAUGCUCACCUGUGCACAUGAAAAUGGAUUUGAGGACAGUUUAAGCACAUUGGGUUUGGUAUCAGGACUGUUUUCAGCUGUGUGGUCUGCAGGGAUGUUCUUCGGGCCCACUAUUGGUGGAAUUAUCACACAGAAACUGAAUUUUGAAUGGGGUGCAGGUUUUCAAGGAGGGAUCACCUUUAUUGCUGCAUUCCUGCUAAUAUUAUUUUUGGCCAAAGAAGAAAUACAAAAGACCAGAUAUACGAAAGUCAAUGGGGCUGAAUACACAUUGUGCGCAGGAGAAAAAUCCCCUCUUCUCUGCUCGUCUUCAGAAACUUCUGUCUGAUGUGUACCCCAAUGUCUGACCAAAAUGAAGGUAUGUGUGGUGCAUUGGUGCAUCACCAUGUGGAAAAAAGUACUGCCAAGACAAAGAAACUGCACUCUUACUACUAUAGUUGUAUUAAGAAAACCCAGAAAAUGUCUGCUUUAGAAUUUAACCUAUAUUUGUAAUGGACAAUCAGGUGCUAUUCAUUUUUUAAAAGCAAGUUUACUGUAUCUGAAGCAUAUUAGGACCCCACAACAUAUAGCUAUAGCUUUAUCUGUCCACAACAGUGAGAUAUGUAGCACAGACUGUGCAUAUCAAAACACAAAUUGUAUAGUUUUUUUUUACAGUGUAUGAUUAAUGAUCUUUCUACACAGAGACUGUAAAUAAUACUAUGUAUGAAAAUGUUUGUAUAUACUUUUACUAACUCAUAUUUGAUUAACUUGCAUAUUAAUUAUAUUCUUUAUCUUAAUGAUCUACUCAAUUAGAUAAAAUAUAUAACUAUCAGUGUUAUUUAGGCAACAUAAACUCUAUACAAAAAUGUCUUGUAUAUCCACCAUUGGCACUGAAAUCAAAGGUAUUAAAGUAAUAGGCCGGUGGUGUGCCCUUUGCUACAGUAACGGUCUCAUUUUUUUGAGAAUGAUUUCCACCUGAUGAUGGAACGUGAUUGAGCUGUAGGGAUUUGAUUACUUUAAGCCAUGAGAGCAUUAGUGAGGUCAGACACAUGUUGGGUUAUUAGGCCUGGCUCACAAAACUGUUUUUUUUCCUGUUGUAUGUUUUCACCAAACAAUUUCUGUUAACCUGAAAAAGAGGUAGUUUUUCCCCCAUAUACUAGCACAAAAAGCACAAGAUUCUCUCAAAUAUUCAUGUAUACUAUAGUGUUUUUAGAUUACUAGGGUGCCUGCUCUUUUUUUUCAGGCUAUUAAUCCUCCUUUACCAAAAUUUGGCAUUAAGGCAUGUAAUAUCUCCAAGGGUCACCAGACUUCUUGUCACAUGUAUCCACUGCUCCAGAGCUGAAUAGCAGUGAGCAAGCUUAGACUGCUGGCAUCAGCUUAGGUGUGUGUGGCUGCUUGGCUAAGGAAAGCCAUAUUGCUUAUUACCUGAUGAAUAGAGUUGAGGCAGUGUGAAACUCUAUUGGUGGCGGUGUUAUGUGUUUCUGUGGCCUGCUGCUUUUCAUAUUAUAAAUGAGUGGGACAUCAUGGAGUAGAAACAUCUAAGUGAAAAGACAAACUGUAGGACUGUUGCAAAGGUGGCAUCAUGUUGUUAUGCUGCAUUAAAAGUCCCUGAUCUGCUAAAUGUAAAGAGG